CGGAGCGGGGCGUGCGCGGCGCUCUGGCCGCAGGCGCGGGAGCUGUGAGGCCGGCGACUUGGAGCCUGAGCUUCUGAGGAUGGGGCCCUCGUGAGAGCAUGUCGGAAACACGCGCAGUGAUGGAGCUCCCCGCCCCGGAGUCUGGGGGGAUGCCUGAACCCAGAUUUGGGGGGCUGCUGGGAAACCUGGACGGGCACAGCCUGCGGAGCCCCCCGCACAGAGAACAAGGCUUCGGGCAGGUGGCUGUUACCCACUGGGCCAUCCAGACUGCAGGGCCGGCGCAGGCGGGGAGCUCGGGCUGCUCGGGCCUCCAGAGCGAUCUGCACUGUGGGGAAGGCCCUGGCAUCACCCCCCGGCCCGACCUCCUCAGGCGCCCGCUCACCCCCGCAGGGGAGGGGCCCCCCGCAGGGCCCCCCCUGGCGGAGCGGCUGUACGCCUGCAGCGUGUGCGGGAGCGGCUUCCUGGGCUGCGCAGAGCUGGCGCGGCAUCAGAGCGCCCACGGCGGGCAGAAGCCCUUCCAGUGCACGCAGUGCGGGAAGGCGUUUGGGCACGGCUCCGACCUGGUGCGCCACCAGCGCGUGCACACGCGGGAGCGGCCCUUCGAGUGCAAGGAGUGCGGCAAGGGCUUCAGCCAGAGCUCCCUGCUCAUCCGCCACCAGCGCAUCCACACCGGGGAGCGGCCCUACGAGUGCACCGAGUGCGGCAAGGCCUUCAUCCGCAGCUCCAGCCUCGUCCGCCACUACCAGACCCACACGGAGGUGCGGCAGUACGAGUGCGCCGAGUGUGGCAAGGCCUUCCGCCACCGCUCCGACCUGGUGGAGCACCGGCGCAUCCACACCGGGGAGCGGCCCUUCGCGUGCCGCGAGUGCGGCAAGGCCUUCAUCCGCAGCUCCAAGCUCAUCCAGCACCAGCGCACCCACACCGGGGAGCGGCCCUACGUGUGCACCGAGUGUGGGAAGCGUUUCAGCCAGACCUCCAACUUCACUCAGCACCAGAGGAUCCACACCGGGGAGAAGCUGUACGCGUGCGGCGAGUGCGGGAAGGCCUUCUUUCUCAGCUCCUACCUGAUCCGCCACCAGAAGAUCCACACCGGAGAGCGGGUGUACGAGUGCAAGGAGUGCGGGAAGGCCUUUCUGCAGAAAGCCCACCUCACGGAGCACCAGAAGAUCCACACGGGGGACCGGCCCUUCGCCUGCAGGGACUGCGGCAAGGCCUUCAUCCAGAGCUCCAAGCUGCUGCUGCACCAGGUCACCCACACGGGCGAGAAGCCCUACGUGUGCAGCUACUGCGGGAAGGGCUUCAUCCAGAGGUCCAACUUCCUCCAGCACCAGAAAAUCCACACCGAAGAGAAACUCUGUGAGCGCAGUCAGUAUGGGAAAGAGCUCAGCGCGACCCUGAACUUUAAGAGCCACCCAGCCCCUCACCAAGAGGGGCUCUCCCUAGGGAAGAGCUCCGCGCCCCCGGGCGAGGUGCCCGCAGGGCAGGGGCACACGCGGGGCAUGUCCGGUGACGCUGCAGCUCAGUGAGGCGCUGGCCGCCCGGCCUUGUCCUGGCCGAGCUCCGGAGGGUCCUGCGUCGAGGCCGGGGCCCUCCCCUGGGGGCAGCUGCCACCCACCACCUGGGGCUCUGGCCGCUGCCCUGGGCGGGGGGUGGGCUGCCCGAGCACGCCUCAGAUCCAGAGCUCGGACAGUGGGGGCUCUGUGUUUGGUCACAGUUACGACUCGUGCACCCCGGUUUGACCCUUCUCAGAGCAGAGCUGCGCGUCGAGUCUUGGUGCUUGAGAGGAACGCAGCAAACCGCAGCCAUGAGAAGGCGAGUGGGCGCCGAGUGUCCGGAGCGUGAGCUCCAAGCUCCCCGUCCCCGCCACGCAGCCGGCCGGGGCCGCCCCAGGGCUCGCUGCCCCCGCGGGAGCCGCCUGCGCCCGCCCCUCUCCUUGGCCGUUUCCGGACCACGCGGCCUGGGAGGGUCCCGCGCCCUCUGCCCGCGGCGCCCGCCUCCCCGCCCAUCGGGCUGUGUCGGGCGCGCGCCGGUGCUCUCCGGUGCACUCGUGUGUCCCUGGUCCCCGGGAUGCCCCCGUCUGUGUCGUUGCACGUCUCAGUCCUCUCUGUAUGUUUUUUAAUUUUUGGAUGUUUGGCAACAAUAUAACCCGUUCCACGGGCCGUGCGGUCCAGCCCCGCCAAGGCUUCUGCUCGCGGACGCAGCUUGCAGGCACCGUGACGCCGGCACCCCGCUGUCCGCUCGCCCCAGGGUGUCCUCUGUGGCUCCUGGCUCGCUCCGGGCGCCCAGCCCCCGUGCUGUGGAGCCCGUUUCUGCCUUAGCAGUUCCAUGGCGCACUCUGUGCGCCCCUCAUUGCGCUUCUGCGCCCAUUACCCGCGGGGAGGUCAUGGGGCCAGCGCGGCCUGGGGAGAACAGGCGGGCGGGGCCCCACCCCGGGAUUCACAGCCUGCCGGGGGCCUCGCCAUGGCCAGCGGAGGCCAUUGUGGGUCACGGGCAGCUGCAGGCCCGGGCCGGGGACUCACAGGGAGGCGCGCUGGAGCCAGCCCAGAGGGCGGAGCCUUGCCAGGCCGGGCGUCCUGGAGAGGCACGGGCUUGGCCAUCCUCGGGUUCUCUCUGAGCACAACCCACGAGCAGCUCCAAGGCCACGCAACCGCCAUUGCCCCGCGAGCCAAGUCUGAGUCCUCCCCGGAGCCCUGCGAGCCCGGGGCAAGCAUUUCCUGCAGAGCGGGGCACAAAUGGGGCACUGGCCGUCUCUCUGGGGUCUCAGCCUCAUACGGCCAGCGCCUGUUUCAAGCACACAAGGCCCUGCGGGGCCGCGCCCUGGCCCCCUGCCUAGCGUCCGGCCCUCAGGCGGGCGGAAACCUCACUGCCACGGGUCACCGGUGGAUGGAGAUGCGGGCUUCAGCUGGGCCAGGGGCCCGCGCGGGCACCUGUGCAGAGGCGCUCACCUGGCGGGUGAACACCUAGGGACUCCACUUCUGGGUUAAAGGAGAAACGCAUCUUUAUUAAGAACCCCCAGACACCUCCACGGCAGCUGCGCACAGUCUUGUGCCUGCCCUGAGCGGGGCCUGCUGUUACAUUGGAUGGUUUUGAUUGACCACAUCUCCAGGUGUGCCAGCUGCCGCCCCCCGGCCCUGGCCACCUGUGCCCUUCCAGGACACCCUGCAGUUGGCACACAGAGGGGCCGCAGGGGCGGGGGUGGGGGUGGU